UUUUAUUUUAAACAAUGCGGUGAUUGGAGAAAGCAGAAACUCGUGAGCGUAGGGUCACGGAUUUAAACAGUUGAAUUUUAAUGCAGUUAUUUUUUAAUUCGCAACAGGGGCUGGGCUGUCUUUGCCGCCUUGGAAAAAAAAAAUAGCAGAAGAAUAAGGAUCGAUCUGUAGCUGUUCUCAGGCGAGAAAUCAAUUUGCUGCCUGGCUCUUUUUUAAUCAUCAGCUGGACACUCCAACCUGCGAUCUCAGAUGCAGGUGUUAUGCCAAUAAGAUCUGACAGUAGACUUAUGGUGGAGAUCUCAAAAAACUCAAGACAAUUUGUACAUAUAGGAAUGUCAUGUGCCAGGCGUGAUGAUUGGCUCCAAUUGUCAAAGCAUUGAUCACAUUCAUAAAUCAAAAUUCAUUAGCCAUGGAUUCAUCUAUUUAAAAACGGCACUUUCUGGAGUGUUCUGCAUGUCUGGUCCUGUGGCACAUGUUGAUGAUGAGGAGAAAACAGCACAGCACUCAGUUGAAGAAAGAUAUUCGUCCUUAGAAUCACUUUCCUGCAGUGAAAGGGAAGGGCAUUCUACUGUUACGGAUGGAGAGGAUGCUAGAAAUUCAAAAGAUAUAGGAUGCUACAGAACAGGAGAAAAGAUUUUUCCAAAUGGUGAUCUUUACACUGGUUCACUCCGAGGGAACCUUCCAGAUGGCCCAGGAAAGUAUUUAUGGUCAGAUGGGUGCAUGUAUGAAGGACAAUGGGUAAGAGGGAAAAAAACUGGAUGGGGAAAAAUUUCAUGGCCCUCUGGAGCUACUUAUGAAGGGGACUUUUUGGGUGAGUACAUGCAUGGUGUUGGAACAUAUACCGGAAUUGAUGGAACAACAUAUAAAGGUGACUGGAGUUUGAAUGUCAAACAUGGAUUGGGGAAGAAAAGAUAUCCAAAUGGGGAUUGUUAUGAAGGUUCAUGGAAUCAGGGAAUGCCAGAGGGGCCUGGGAGGUAUAGUUGGGAAAAUGGAAAUGUUUACUUGGGGGAUUGGAAAGGAGGUAAGAUGUGUGGCAAAGGUGUUUUGACUUGGGCAAAUGGAGAUUCAUUUGAUGGAUUUUGGUUGGAUGGAGUGGUACAUGGGUUUGGAGUUUACACUUGGGCAGAUGGGGGUUGUUAUGUGGGUACAUGGAGCAGGGGUUUAAAGGAUGGAAAAGGGUCAUUUUACCCACUUGGCAGCAAACUUCCAAUUUUCCAUGGAGGAUGGCGCAAUUCUGUUGGCAAGGGAGGCCAAGAAGCAAACACAGCACAGCGGCCUGUAAAUCAUGGCUCUUCAAGGUUAGGCCAUGCUUCUUCACUGGAUUUGGGGCAGUUUAAGAUGCGCAGGUUUCGAAGAGCAAAUCGUAACUCCUCGGAUAAACUUCUUACAGAUGAAGUGACAAACAGUUCAGAUUAUGCACGUAACAGAAAUGUAUCUCUGCAACGACGCUGGAGUCUUGAAGGUGCUCUUGAAAAUGUCAUUGGACAAGAUGGUGUGUGGACAGCUGGAGAACCUAUUUUAGAGUGUGAUGAAAAUGAAAAUGAUGAUAUAAGUAAACCAGUUCUGGAAAGAGAGUAUGUGCAAGGUGUUCUGAUCAAUGAACUGGUUAAGGAUAAUAGGUUUGCCAUGCCAUCAAAAAGCACAAGGCGGCGACAGAAGCGACAAGAGGUGAAAAAACCAGGUGAAACAAUAAUUAAAGGCCACAGAAGUUAUGAUUUAAUGCUCAACCUGCAGCUGGGUAUAAGGUACACUGUGGGUAAAAUCACACCAAUACCAAGGCGAGAAGUUCGAUCAUCAGAUUUUGGUCCUCGGGCAAGGAUUUGGAUGAAGUUUCCUAGAGAGGGUUCUCAGUUAACACCUCCUCACCAAUCGGUGGAUUUCAAGUGGAAAGACUACUGUCCAAUGGUUUUUAGGAAUUUGAGAGAGAUGUUCAAGAUUGAUGCUGCUGACUAUAUGAUGUCCAUCUGUGGAAGUGCUGCCUUAAGAGAGCUCUCUUCGCCAGGAAAGAGUGGAAGUGUGUUUUACCUUUCUCAGGAUGAUAGGUUCAUGAUUAAGACUUUACGGAAGUCUGAAGUACAGGUUCUUCUAAGAAUGCUUCCAAAUUAUCACCACCAUGUUCGUAUGCGUGAAAACACCUUGAUAACUAAGUUUUUUGGGCUACACCGAAUCAAGCCUGCAGGUGGCCAGAAGGUUCGAUUUGUAGUGAUGGGCAACAUGUUUUGCACAGAAUUGCGAAUUCAUCGUCGAUUUGACUUGAAAGGUUCAUCCCAGGGUCGAUCAACAGACAAGAUUGAAAUUGAUGAGACCACAACCCUUAAAGAUCUGGAUCUAGAUUAUGUAUUCCAUCUGGAGCCUUCUUGGCGCGAAGCUCUUUUGAAGCAAAUUGAGGUUGACUGCAUGUUCUUAGAAUCUCAACGUAUAAUGGAUUACAGUCUGCUAUUGGGACUACACUUCAGAGCUCCACAGUAUCUGAAAUCUCACGUAUCAGAUCCUCAAAGUGUAAAUUCAGAGGACAGUGGAAAUCUAGCUGAUGAAGUGGCAGCAGCUGUUGAGGAUGAAAUUGCGUGCUAUCCACAAAGUCUGAUAUUGGUUGCUCGUGAACCUCAUCAAGAUGGAACAAUAUUGGGUUCUCACAUUAGGGGAAGCCCAUUGAGAGCAUCUGCUAUAGGUGACGAGGAAGUUGAUUUACUUCUUCCUGGAACUGCAAGAUUGCGAAUUCAACUUGGUGUGAACAUGCCUGCAAGGGCAGAUCGUAGACCACAAAGAGACAAGGAUCACAAUGAAGAUCAACUGUUUAAUGAGGUUUAUGAUGUUGUUCUAUACCUUGGGAUAAUUGACAUCUUACAAGAAUAUAAUUUUUCCAAGAAACUUGAGCAUGCUCUAAAAGCUUUUCAGUUUGAUUCCUCUUCAAUAUCUGCUGUUGAGCCUGCAUUGUAUUCUAAGCGUUUCUUAGCUUUUAUCCAAAAAGUAUUUCCACCAAACCCAUAAACAGGCUUAAACUAGAGACAAAGUGUCAGCAAAUGUCCUUUUGCAUAUCCGUUUUCUUGUUGGCAGAUAUGUACUUAUACAUAUCCAUUUUCUUGUGUUGGGAAAGAAAUGGAGAAAAGUUUUUAUUCCAUGAUUUUAUGACAUUGGCCCAAAAUUUCAUCACUCACAAAGGCACUCUUAGCAUGUUUGGGAAACGGUUUUGAAUUUAAAUUCUGCUGUUUUCCAUCCAGUCAAUGCGAAUGUUCAGUUUAUUCUC